UGAGCUCUCAACCUUAACCUCAUAAUUAAUCAUAUAUAUCAUUUCACAUUGAAGUUUCCAACAAGAAAUCUUGAGUUUGUUUGUUUAAUAGUUGAUAUUUUCUCCUAUUUGAAUCUAUAUUCCUCUUACUAAGAGAUUGUUGUUUUUGUGGAAAGAGGAAGGAUCAUGAUGUUGACAAGAUAAAAUUUUGAGUAUUUGUUUUCAUUGUUUUCUUUUUUCAGUUUGAAAUAUUUGUUUUGUGGAAAAAAGAGGAAGGAUCAAGAGUUGACAAGAUGACAAAUUUUGAGUUUUAGUUGUUUUUGCAUUUCCUUUUUGUUAAAAAAAAAAAAAUUCUUAAGAUAUUGUGGAAAAGAGAAAGGAUAAAAAAAUAACAAGAUGUUACAAAGAGCAGCAAGUAAUGCAUAUUCAUGGUGGGCAGCUAGCCACAUUAGGACCAAGCAAUCCAAAUGGCUUGAACAGAGCCUUCAAGAUAUGCAAGAGAAGGUGGAGAGUGUGGUUAAGCUCAUUGAAGAGGAUGGAGAUUCAUUUGCAAAAAGGGCUGAAAUGUACUACAAGAAAAGGCCAGAGCUGAUAAACUUCGUGGAAGAAUCUUAUCGUGCUUAUCGAGCUUUGGCUGAACGAUAUGAUCAUUUAUCGAAGGAAUUGCAGGCUGCAAACAACACCAUCGCUGCUGUUUUCCCCGAACAAAUUCAACUAGCAAUGGAAGAGGAGGACGAAUAUGGCACCCCUAAAACUCCAAAAAUUCCCCGGCAAAUUCCCACAUCAAGCGGAUCAAACGUUCCAAAGGUUCCAAAAGCUCCAAUAAAACAGUUGAAGGGCCUUAUAACGACAGCUUCAAAGAAGUUGCAAGGCAAGAAAUCAUCCAAAAAGAUAGAUGCAAGUAAAAGUGUUCCAAAAUCCGGUUUGCAAAAAAGCGAAGCUCUUGAAGAGAUCGACAAGCUUCAGAAAGAUAUUUUGGCUUUACAGACUGUGAAAGAGUUUGUAAAGAGUUCUUAUGAAUCCGGGCUCGCAAAGUACAAGGGAAUUGAAAGCCAGAUCAUGGAAAAGCAACAGAAGAUAUGUAAACUAGAGGAUGAAUUUGGUGAGGGCCGUGUUAUUGACGAUAACGACGCGCGCACAUUGAUGGCUGAAGCAGCACUAAAAUCAUGUCAAGAAACAUUGGCUCAGAUCCAGGAGAAACAAGAAAAAUCGACGAGAGAAGCGAACAAGGAAUUCUCAAAAAUUGAAGAUGCUAGUAAGAAACUGAAGUCCUUCAAGCAUAAGCAUUUUGGUGAUCAGAUUGAUGAAACAAAGCCAGAUGAAAAGGGUAAUGCCACUAAAGCAGCAGACGAAUCUCAGAGCCUAAGCCAAGAAUUGACCAAGGAGAUCGAAGUUUUGCAGGACAAAAUUAAGGGGCAAUUCGAUACAAGCUCGAUGGCAUCUCUAACUGUGACACAACUGGCAGAGAAAAUCGAUGAGCUUGUGAGUGAAAUAGUCAGCCUCGAAACAGCAGUUUCAGCUCAAACUGUUCUAAUCAACAGAGUAAGAUCAGAAGCCGAUGAUCUCCAAUCACAAAUUCAUGUUUUGGAAGAUGAUAAGGAACCGUUGACAGAUGAUAAUAAACAGAAUCUCAAAAUCAGCCUGAUGGCUGCAGAGGAAAAGUUGCACAGUAUCCAAAACAUGAACCAAGAUGUUGAAUGUCAAAACAGUAGCUUUCAGACUUGUUUCACCACAGCUCGUACGAGUCUUGAUUGUUUAGCUGAGAAACUGAGUAGUGUGAAACCGGAUGAGGAGAUCCAAGACGAAGACGAGCCCGUCGUUAAGGUCAAUUCUCCAGAAGAGCCAAGAAAACAGGAAGUUCAUCAAAGUGAAAGUGAAGAUCCUAAGAACUUAAGUAUCUCAAAAACAGAAGAUAAAGAAGUUAAAAAAGAAGAAUCUCCCAAGACAAUUGUUAGUACUAAUAAAGAAGAGGAAGUUAUUGAAACCAUAAAUAAUCAUUCCAAUUCCAAAAUUUUGGAGCAAACACAAGCUGAAAAAGUUGAUGAGAAUCCAAAAGUCAUGACUCAUGAAGCGCUAUCACACGAAAAUGAGGAGAAAGGCGACGAGCCUAACUGGCAGGAGUUGCUGUCAAGUCGGUUGGAGGAUAGGGAAAAGACACUCUUAGCAGAAUAUACUACCGUUCUCAGGAAUUAUAAGGAAGUAAAGAGGAAGCUAAGUGACAAGGAGAAGAAAGAUAGGGACACCGAAUUUGAAGUCACAUUGCAGAUGAGGGAGCUUAAAAGUGCUAUCGCAAAGAGGGACGAAGAGAUAAAUAGUCUACGCGGGAAAUUAAACGUUCUACAAGGAGAUAAUGUUACUGAAAGCAAAGCAUUGGAGGAAGAGAAACAGAAAGCGUCCGAUCCUUCAGAUGAUCAAACCUUAAAAUCCGAUGACAUGGCAGAGAUAGAGGACAAAGAUAAUUGUAACAACGAUCAAGAUAAUACAAAGAUGACUGUGGUCGACGAACAUACAUCUCCCUCGCCUCUUGAGGAAAAGUUCCGGUUGGAAAUUGACUCAAUGCUAGACGAAAACUUGGAUUUCUGGCUAAGAUUCAGCUCAACAUUUCAUCAGAUACAAAAAUUCAAGACGACGGUCCAAGAUUUGCAGAGUGAAGUAUCUAAACUAAGUGAAAAAGAGACGGAAGAGAGCAGUAGUACUAAAGCAGACAUGAAAUCAGAAAUCAGGCCUAUAUAUAAACACAUGCGCGAAAUUCAAAAUGAGUUGGGAGUAUGGUUAGAACAAAGUGUCCCAUUGAAAGAUGAAAUGAAACGUAGGUCAACAUCGUUGUGCAGAAUUCAGGAAGAGAUUACAAAAGCUUUAAAGGAAGGAGAGGAAGAAGAUGAGAUCAGAUUCAGUAGUCAUCAAGCUGCAAAGUUGCAAGGCGAAGUCUCGAACAUGAAACAAGAGAACAAAAAGGUAAAAAAGGAAUUGGAAGCCGGUGUUGAUCAUAUAACUACACUACAAGUAGAUGUCGAAAAGACGGUAACAAAGUUAGAGAAAGAGUUUGGACUUGCUGCUGGAAAUCAGCAACAAGUUAAUAACUCAGCGGGCGGAUCAAUUCCUUUAAGAUCAUUCAUUUUUGGAACUAAACCGAAGAAGCAGAGGCGUUCGGUCUUUUCCAGCUUCCAAAACAAUAGGAAAGUCUUUUCUUUGUAGAUGGAUCUUGUUUUUUCAUCUUCCCUUUUCAUUUAUUUCUUUUUGGUCUCAUUCUUCUCCAGUGUAUACACAGUGUAUCUUCACUUGCUGAAUUUUUGUUCUUCCUUUUCUUGUUUGUUCAAAUUUGGGGAAAAAACCGAGAUUGUAUGUAUGUCAUGUUGUCUUGAUAGUGUAAGCAGGUAAUAUUUUUUUUUUUUCUUUCGUGCAGCCUUCUUCAUUAGCACAAUUUUUAGUUGAAAUUGUGAGACAAUCUACUAGUUGUGACUCUUAAUAUGUAUGUAGUUGUUCU